CUCUCGAUGAUCUAAAUGUUAUUUGUGAUCUCUUUCUGUGCAGAGACAUUUAGAGUCGCUGGAAUUGAACAUGUGACGUUUACGUGGAGAAAAAGCAGAGCACGUCCCUUUGAAUCAUUUGUAAAACGCUUGGUUUAGUAAUCUGCGAUCCUGCAGGUGAGUCUGGGCUGCAAGUUUUAUUAUGUGCAAAUGUUUCUGAGCUCACUUUGCUUGAUCAGGAGGAAUUUCUCCUAAACUUUACAGGCACGUUGCACAGCGUGCGAUCCGAGCCUGGCUACUUAGGCUGCGAAUCAGAAUGCAGCAGGGAGAUGCAACGUGUUUAAGGAGUUUAUUACUUUUCACAGAAUGUUCCAGAUUGUGUUUCUGGAACACAUUUAACCGACUAGUCCAAUAAUCAUGUUAAAAACUGCUUUGUUAGCACCAUAGCAGUCUUGUCAGUGUGCAAUAGACUCGGUAUGUUCACCGUAUCUUUUUAGAUUCUAUCUGGAGGGUCCUGUUUUCUGUUUGGUUACUUGUCUGUCAAAAAAACUUGAAUGUUACAGAAUAGACAAAGCAGAAAAGAUGUGCCUUCAUGUUGACGUAAAAGAAAGCUUCAGUUACAUUUCAAAAUAUAUAUCUACCAAUAUAUCAGUGUCAGAUCUUAGCAGUGGUUUCAGUUGUUGUAAAAGCAUGUUCCAUUACUACGUGGUUAGAUGGUUUUGUGUGGGACGACUAACCAUACUGCCUGACGUCCACACAGAUGGAGUCGGGCACGGUGAUGUUGGCGUCAGGAGACCUCAUGGCGGCGCAGGUGCUCCACAUGUUGAAGAAGAGGAAGACGGGGAUCGCCGUGAAGCCGAAGAUGGCGAGGAAGGCCAGAAAGAGGAUGUAGGUCAGGAACAUGAACUGGAGGAAGGAGAAAGUUUCAGCCGCGUUAAAAAAAAAUACGCUGCAGCAGCUCUACCCUGCCAUGCAGAAAAUUCAACAAAACCUGCACCCCUCCAGACGGUGAUGUAAUCUCCUACAGUUCUGAACUGAACAUCAUCGCAGCUGAGGACGGAGGAGCGUUAUCGCGAGUGUAUCUCCAUUCAUGUCGGCCAGGCCGGCUGCCAAAUUGGAAAUUCAUGUUGGGAGCUCUACUGUUUGGAGCACGGCAUCCAGCCGGACGGUCAGAUGCUCGACAACACAAUGGCUGGAGGUAGAAACAACUCCUUCAACACCUUCUUCAAUGAGACUGGAGCCGGCAAACAUAUUCCCAGAACUAUUUUUGUCGACCUGGAGCCAACAGUCAUUGAUGAAGUGCGAACUGGAAUCUACCGGCAGCUCUACCACCCUAACCAGCUGAUCACGGGUAAGGAGGAUGCAGCCAACAACUACGCUCGUGGUCGCUACACUAUUGGACAGGAUGUCAUCGAACAGGUUAUGGAUAGGACCCGUACGCUGGCUGACCAGUGCACAGGGCUCCAGGGUUUCUUCAUCUUCCGCUCCUUUGGAGGAGGAACUGGCUCAGGCUUCACCUCUCUGCUGAUGGAUCGUCUCUCUGAAGAGUACGGCAAAAGGUCCAAGCUGGAGUUUGCCGUCUAUCCAGCUCCUCACCUGUCCACAGCUGUAGUGGAGCCCUACAACGCCAUCCUGACCACCCACUCCACCCUGGAGCACUCCAGUUGCACCUUUCUGGUGGACAAUGAGGCCAUCUAUGACAUCUGCUGCAGGAACCUGGACAUCGAGCGCCCCACCUACUCAACCCUCAACAGACUGAUAGGACAGGUUGCCUCCUCCAUGACCGCCUCCCUGCGCUUCGAAGGUGCCCUGAAUGUCGACCUGAUCGAGUUCCAGACCAACCUGGUGCCCUACCCUCGUAUCCACUACCCUCUGGCCACCUAUGCCCCACUUGUCUCUGCAGAGAAGGCCUAUCAUGAGCAGCUCUCUGUGGCUGACAUCACAAAUGCCUGCUUCAUGCCAGCCAAUCAGAUGGUGAAAUGCGACCCUCGUCACGGCAAGUACAUGUCCUGCUGCCUCCUGUACCGUGGAGACGUGGUGCCUAAAGAUGUCAACGCCGCCAUCACCACCAUCAAGACAAAGCGCACCGUCCGGUUUGUGGACUGGUGUCCCACAGGCUUCAAGGUGGGCAUCAACUACCAGCCCCCCACUGUGGUUCCUGGUGGAGACCUGGCCAAGGUGCAAAGGGCCGUGUGCAUGCUGAGCAACACCACCGCCAUCGGCGAGGCCUGGGCUCGACUGGACCACAAGUUCGACCUCAUGUACGCCAAGAGGGCCUUCGUCCACUGGUACGUUGGAGAGGGAAUGGAGGAGGGAGAGUUCUCUGAGGCCAGAGAGGACAUGGCCGCCCUGGAGAAGGAUUACAAAGAGGUUGGAACCGACACCGUUGACGAGGAAAAUGAAGAAGAGGAGUAGUAGAUGACUUCCUGUUACUUGUUCUGUUUUUAUGCCUACUCAAAGAUUAACAGAUUGAUUAGAGUUCAGAGGUCCAAGGUCACUUGUUAAAUAUAAAAGUGAUGUUCGUGCACUCAUUCUUUGUCUUGUGGACCUGGAGUUCAGAGAUCAGCAGGUGAAUGAAUCAGGGGACAUUUGCACUCAGGGUUUUCAUUCAUCAUUAACGAUGUUGCAUUGAGACUGUUUAAGAUUUUUGUAUGUUUUUUUAUUGGGGAAAUUUGAGUUUUUUUGUUGUAGCAGAAAUUUUAAAAAGAAAAUUGUUUUUCUUUAGCGCUCCCUAGCACUUUUCUCAGACUGUGAACUCUGUGGGCCUGCAGCCACAACCAUUGUCUCUCUCUUCUCCUGACAACAAAUAUAAUAAAAAAUAUUGUCAGUUGUUGAUAA